AUGUCUGCAGAAAGAACAGAAACUGUUAGACCUAGUGGCCAGCUGCACCAAGCUAAUUCUGCUUUAGAUGUUCUUUCUUCAUAUCACAACCUUAACAAUGAGGCCUCUGAAUUAGCAUUGAGAAACUUUUUGUCAGCUUUUAAAACCAAUGCUGCGCAGAUACAGGAUGCUGUUGACACUUUGACUCCAUCACUGAUUCAGCAACAUGAAGGUGAUGAGGCCCUUUCAAAAUUGGGAAAAGAAUUCUUUCUUUCAUUAGAAGACUCUCUCAAAGCAUGUGGAGAACAGCGUGAUAAAGCUGUUUGUAAGAUCGAGGAAUUAAAACAGGAACUGGAACAAUCCUUUGAAAUCCUUAACUCUUUAAAGAAAGAGCGAAAAGAAAAAGGAAACAUGUCCAAAGGUGACUGUUCAAAAUCAGAAGCAGAAAGUACUGAAGGCAUAGGAUCUUUGGAUCAUGAUCAAGAGCUAUCAGUAAUUACUUCACAUCAUAUUGGUCAUCAAAAGAAACAUUCCUCUAGUAAAGAGAGAGAAAUGUCAGAUAGCCAGUCAUUGGGACAGAAACAAGGCCAGAAAAGCAGAAGUCUGACGAGAAAUAAAAUUACUAAAGAUCCACAGAGACCGCCAUGGCAAGACUAAGCAAACAUUUUAAUAAGUGUGUGUCAUUUUUUUUAAAACCUAAUUAGAACUGUUAAUAGCAAAUUAUAUCUUUUAUCAGCACUUUUUUUUUACAAAAUAAAAUUUAAAUGUGUGAUUUAAAAAGACUUAAAA